GCUCACGAAGUCUGCGUUGUUUUUGAUUUAGGGAUGAAAGAGCAAGCACUUGGGACCUGCCUUCUACACUCCACCACAACCUUUGGGCAAAGAGAGGCUUUGUCUUCCUUGUUUUGAUUUGGAGCCACUGAACAGAAAUGGCAAAGAAUGUGGGAAUACUGGCCAUGGACAUCUACUUCCCUCCUGCAUGCGUUCAGCAGGAAGCAUUGGAGGCUCACGAUGGUGUUAGUAAAGGGAAAUAUACCAUUGGACUUGGACAAGAUUGCAUGUCAUUCUGUACUGAAUUAGAAGAUGUCAUCUCAAUGAGUUUGACAGUGGUUUCUUCCCUUCUCGAGAAGUAUGGGAUUGAUGCUAAACAAAUAGGUCGUCUUGAAGUAGGCAGCGAGACUGUGAUAGACAAAAGCAAAUCCAUCAAGACAUUCCUGAUGCAGAUCUUUGAGAAAUAUGGAAAUACUGACAUUGAGGGUGUUGAUUCAACUAAUGCCUGCUAUGGAGGAACUGCUGCUUUGUUCAAUUGUGUCAACUGGGUGGAGAGCAAUUCAUGGGAUGGACGCUAUGGACUUGUUGUCUGCACAGACAGUGCAGUGUAUGCUGAAGGACCUGCUCGACCUACUGGAGGAGCUGCUGCAAUUGCCAUGCUAAUUGGUCCUGAUGCUCCCAUUUCUUUUGAAAGCAAAUUGAGAGGAAGUCAUAUGUCUCAUGCUUAUGAUUUUUACAAGCCAAAUCUUGCUAGUGAAUAUCCAGUUGUCGAUGGAAAGCUUUCGCAAACUUGUUACCUCAUGGCUGUUGAUUCUUGCUACAAACAUUUCUGCAACAAAUAUGAGAAACUUGAGGGAAAAGCAUUUUCUCUUUCUGAUGCUGAAUACUUUGUAUUUCACUCUCCUUAUAACAAGCUUGUACAGAAAAGUUUUGCUCGAUUGUUUUUCAAUGACUUCUUGAGGAAUCCCAGCUCUGUGGAUGAUGUUGCCAAAGAAAAGCUGGAACCUUUUGCAACUUUAUCUGGUGAUGAGAGCUAUCAAAGCCGGGAUCUUGAAAAGGCAUCCCAGCAAGUUGCAAAGCCUCUGUAUGAUGCCAAGGUACAACCAACGACUUUGAUACCGAAGCAAGUUGGCAACAUGUACACUGCAUCUCUCUACGCAGCAUUUGCAUCCCUUCUUCACAACAAACAUAGCACAUUGGUUGAUAAGAGGGUGAUAUUAUUCUCAUAUGGAAGUGGCUUAACUGCCACAAUGUUUUCUUUGCAAUUACGUGAUAGUCAACCUCCAUUUAGCUUGGCCAACAUUGCUGAAGUGAUGAAUGUUGAUGGAAAGUUGAAGUCAAGACGCGAGUUUCCUCCGGAAGAGUUUGUUGAAACUCUGAAGCUAAUGGAACAUAGGUAUGGUGCCAAGGAGUUUGUGACUAGCAAGGACAGUAGCCUUUUAUCUGCAGGCACAUUCUAUCUCACCGAAGUUGACUCCAUGUAUAGGAGAUUCUAUGUAGAGAAAACUAAAGAAAAUGGUUUGACUUCCUCCGUCAACGGUGGUAUCGCCAACGGUGGUAUCGCCAACGGUCACUGAUGCCACCAUGUACAACGAGCAAUAAAUGGUAGUAUCAAAAGAAGGGUAUUCUUAUUUGCAUUAGUUCUGUAAGGGAUGGCAAAUGGUUUCUGGGUAGAAAGUGUUAAGUCCAAAUAUUUUACCUAUUUAAGAUGUAGUUACUCAAGGCUAAAUUUUAUAUAUUUUUUUGUGUACUUUCGCAUUUUAAUUAAUGGAAACUAGUCUUC